AUGGCAUGCGGCGAGGAAGAGAUGACGGAUGUGUGUGGGACACUCCAUGGCUUUCUAUCUCGCCACGAGCUCCUCCUUGGCAUCACCGCCAUGUGGAACGGUCGCAUGGCCGAGGCCGAAACCGUCUUUGCUUCAGCUGCCGAUACCGAUCCCCGAGCUGCCUAUCACUGGGCAGAGUGCUCCGCCCUCACAGCUUUCCUCACAGAGGAUCCGGACGACCUCGCAGCAGCAUUUGCUCGCCUCGACGCCGCUGCUGCCACUGCCUCCGCCACUGCCGCGGCAACCUCACCGCCGUCCAAGAUCAAACGGAUGCUCGGCCUGGGCUCUUCGCCGCCGCCGCCGCUGCAAACAUCGUCUGCUGCUGCGGCGAGCCCGGACCAGCUCGCUGCCGCUGCUCUUGUUGCCCGAGUCAUCUACGCUGAAGUCGGACUCAUCUACGGCUUCCUCCACCUCCGCGCCGGCUCGUAUGUCAAGGGCUCGUACCGCCUGCGCAAGGCCUGGAAGGCGUUCUCGGCCCUUGUCCGCGAGCUGGCCCCUUGUGCUGCCUCGCUUGACCCUUACAUCACCUCGUCCAUCGCCCUCGGCUCCGGCAUGUUUCUCUUCUUCAUCUCGCUCACUCCGCCCAAGUUUCUCUGGCUCGUCUCGUUUGUCGGAUUCGAAGCCGACCGUGAGCGCGGGCUCGACUCGCUCCGGUCGGCCAUGCUCGACCCACGCGGGCAGCGCGCACCCAUGGCGCUCUUGUUUCUCAUCUGGGUCGAGAUGUUUUUCUGCGAGCGCCUUGACGACGCCGAGGCCCUCGUCACCGCCGCUCUUGACGUCUAUCCACAUGGCAUGCUCUUCGCCUACCUCCGCGGAUACAUGUUUCGCAAGCGCGGCGCUCUCGACGCUGCCGCCGCUGACUUUGAUGCUGUCAUUGCCGCCUCCCGUCGAGAGCUCCCGCAGCUUGCCCUCGCCGCCAUGUACGAGCGCGGCUCAGUCCUCUACAUGGCCGAGCGCUGGGCUGACGCUGCAGCCGUCCUCUCUGACUUUGUUGACGCCAACCGCGCACCCUCGUUUCAGGCCUACGCCACCCUCGAGCUCGCUUACGCCCGCCACUUUGCCGGCGAGAGCCCCCACGACAUUGCCCCGCUCCUCGACGACAUGCCGUCACGCGUCCGCAAGCACUAUACCUUCGACCAGUUUGCCGCCCGCAAGGCUGCAGAGUACGCCGCCAACAACGGCAUCUCCCCCACAGAAUCCUGCCUCAUCCAGGCCUUUAACCGCAACGACGCCUCCAAUCCCACCGGCGCCCUCGAGCUCCUCGCCACACUUGCAUCGCCGGACGCUAGUACGCCCGUCGCCGCCGGCCUCGACGAGCAUGCUCUCGCCCUCCUCGACCUCUGCGACGAUGACGACGUCGGCGGCACCGUCACCACGCUUCCUCCCAACUCGCCACCGCCGCUCUGUGGCAUGUUCCACUACGCCGCCGGCAAGGCCCACGCGGCGCUUGGCGCGCGACGGCUCGCGCUGGUUCACCUGCUUGCUGUUGACGCCCUCGAGCACGAGCUCGGCCACGAGUUUUUCCUCCUCCCGCACGCCCUCACCGAGGUUGGCGACAUCCUCAUGGCGCUCAACGCCGUCGACGACGCGCGCCGCGUCCUCGCCCGUGCAAAAUCGUUCUCUGAGUACGACUUUGACAAGCCGCUCAUCCGCCGCAUCACCCGCAUGCUCGACAUCCUCUCCGGUACUUCGACUCCGAGCUCGCGUACUCCGCUCCCCGACACCGCUGCCUGGACGAGCUAUCUCGACUCGCUCAGCGCCGCCUGA